GCGCGCACACACACACGCUGCCUUCGGAAAAAAGAUCAAUUUAUUUCGCUCUGAUCCCCUUGAAAGUCUCGGGAAAGUUUCGGUUUCGUCCCUCCCUGCCCGCCCCUGCAGAGUUCGGGUAAUGCCUGCUGGUAUGUUCAGCAUCGACAACAUCCUGGCCGCCAGACCCCGCUGCAAGGAGUCGGUCCUGCUGCACCAGAGUGCCGCGCCCGUGGUGUUCUCCAACCUGCAUGGGGACUCCCUCUACGGCACCGAUUACAGCGGAUUUUACUCCCGGGCGGUGGCCCCCGCUUCCAAUCUGCCCGCGGUCAGUGGAUCUAGGAUUGCCUACAACAACUACUACUACGGGCAGCUGCAUGUGCAGGCGUCCCCCGUGGGUCCUUCGUGCUGUGGGGCCAUGCAGCCUCUGGGCGCGCAGCAGUGUUCGUGCGUCCCUGCAACAGGCUACGAGGGUACUGGGUCAGUCCUGAUGUCGCCUAUGCCCCACCAGAUGUUGCCGUAUAUGAACGUGGGCACCUUGUCCCGGACUGAGCUGCAGUUACUGAACCAGCUGCACUGCAGGAGGAAAAGACGACACCGAACUAUCUUCACUGACGAGCAGCUGGAAGCUUUGGAAAACCUCUUCCAGGAAACUAAAUACCCAGAUGUGGGCACCAGGGAACAGCUGGCCAGGAGGGUGCAUUUAAGAGAGGAAAAAGUGGAGGUUUGGUUCAAGAACCGCCGGGCAAAAUGGAGAAGGCAAAAGAGAUCCUCUUCGGAGGAGUCAGAAAACGCACAGAAAUGGAAUAAAGCUUCCAAAACGUCCCCAGAAAAGAGGCAAGAAGAAGGGAAAAGUGAUUUGGACUCCGAUAGUUGAUACCUUGCAAAUGGACCCUUGCCGUGGACUGUGGGACUUGCACAAAAGGAUGCUACUUGCACACACUCUGCCUUGUUGGAGGGAAAAGAGAUCUGUAUAUAGUGUACAUUACCCCGAGGUGAUUGCUUGUAAAUAAAAUAAGUUGCGGAGGUGUUGCACAGGUA